UCGCGAAGGGCGAGCGUCCCCGGGGGCGGCGAAAAGAGUUGCGAGUCGGUGGAGCGGAGUCCGUCCCGUGUCCGGUCCCGAUGGCGUUUGUGUUCCGGAGAGCCCGGAAGGGCCCCUUCAAACACAUAGCUCAUGGCCUGGUCCCUGCUGCUACCAUAGCUCCUAAACCUGCAGUUCCCCGCACCCCUCCCCCUCGUAGUCCAAACCCUUCUCCAGAAAGGCCCAGGUCUGCUCUAGCAGCUGCCAUCCUUACAACAACUCUGACAGGGCGCACUGUUGCUAUUCCUCAGCCUCAGCUGCGAUCCCUGUCUGAAAGUGAUUCCACCUGUGUGGAAAGAGAAUGCUUUGAACCAUAUGCAACAGUGACAGAGCUCAGCAUGGGGCCCAACUGGAAAUUUGAUGGUAGUGACAGAUCUGUACAGUCCCUGGAAAUAUCAGGCAAUGAUUGUGAUGAUGAGAACAUGGAGACUUAUUUCUCAGAUGCUGAUAAAGAGGCAGAAUCCAGCUGUCACAGUAAUGAGAAAAGGAGAGGAAGCUUUAGUAACAAUGCUAUUUAUGCUGUUCCAUGCAAAAAUACAAAGGAAGAGUGUCUACCAUCUCCCAGUGCUAAUGCUGACAAGAAAGAGGAGGUGCCUUCUCAUGAAAAUGAGUCUCAGGUGCUGGUGGAUAAGUCAAAUGUGCAAAUGGAAGAAGACCAACAUCUUGGCUUGAAUUUAAAGGAAGAAAAAUCAUUAGUGGAAAACCUAAUAUGUGAGAAACCUCCACCAUCCCCAGAUGUGUCUACUCGGGCAAGGCAAGCAUGGGAAAACAUGACUAAGGAAAAGCUCAGAGAACUUAAACAAGAAAACUGGUCUCUGAACAAGGCAUACCAGGCUAUGGUCCAACAGUUGGAGGGAACAAAACAGCAACUGGAACAACAGCAAUUAAAGAUGAAGAGACUAGAACAAGAAAACAGACAACUUAAAGAAGCUGCAGAGAAGUCACAAAGAGAAGAGGAAGCUGCAGAAUUACUUUCUCUCAGACAACAAGCACAAGAACUGGUAGAUGAAAAUGAUGCUUUGAAACUGACAGUCCAUCGUUUAAAUGUAGAAUUAAGUCGUUACCAAACUAAAUUCAGGCCCUUGUUCCAAGAAGAGCAUCAAAAACUGGGAAGUUUACCCAUGAAAGGACCAGCGCCACCAUGGCUGUUGGAUAUGAAGUAUUUGUCACCUCUCCUCUUGGCAUAUGAAGACAGAAUAAGAGAAAAGGAAGAGAUAAAUCUUGAACAUGAGGAGGAUAUGAAGAAUUUUAAAGUACGAGUUGAAGAGUUAGUGAAGGAGAAUGAAGACCUGCAUGAGCAAUUAAAUAAAAGUAACCUGAUUACUACCACAGAAUGGCAACAGCUGCAAACUCAGGCCAAGCUGGUCUUGGAAGAAAACAGAUUGUUGAUCCAGCAGCUCGAAAUUCAACAAGCUAAGGCAAAAGACAGUCACAGACAACAUGUUCAAGAAGCUUCAAAAUUGACCAAACAGAUACUGAUCUUAGAAGAUAAGAAGCGGAGUCAGGAAGAAGAGAUAGCAGAGUACCAGAAGCAGCUAGAAGCUUUGUGUUCUACUUGUGAAGAGCUGAAAGCCAAACUGGGUAGCAGAAUAGCACCAGAGGAGCACCUUGCUUUAGUGAAUGAUUUGAAAAGCCAUUUACAAGAGGAGCAGGAGAAAAAGCACUCUGAGAUAGAGGAUCUAAUGGGAAAAAUAGCAUCAUUGCAAGCUGAAAACAAGAAACUACUUUUAGAGAAAAAGAACUUCAUGGCUGAAAACAAAAUCCUGGAAACUAAGAUGAAAAUGACACAGGAGACCAACAGGAAAUUAAAGAAGAAUAUGGGUCUUUUGACAGUGCAGUUGCAGGAAGCAAUGGAAGAAGAACUUGCAGCCCAGCACUAUCUAGCCAACCUUAUUGGUUUGGUAGAGAAGAUAGCUCAGGAACGUAAUCAUCUUUUUGUUUGGAGCAAAUGUUUAGAAAAUGAGAAUAAUGGUGUUCUCAACAAAAUAGCAGAAAGUUGUCUGCACUUAGGAAAAAUGGAAGAAAAGGUUAAGGGGUAUAAAAAGAAAGCAGCUGGGAAGCUGGGCAGUAUCAGUCACAAAAUGAUUAAGCAAGAGAAAGAAUUUGCUGGUAAGACUGCUCAGUACCAGCAAGAAAUAAAGCAGCUCCAGCAUCUGCUGCAAGACAAGCAGGAAACCCUGGAUGAAGUGCUGGAGCAGAAAAGGAAAGUGGAAGGGGAAAUUGAAAUAAUUUGGGAAUCCACAACCAAAGAAAACAGGAGGUUGAGAGAAGCCCUACAUAAAUCCCAGGGGAAGAACCAUGUGUGGAGUACUGCCACAGUUCAUGAGCCACACGUGGAUGAAAUCUCUCCUAAGGACCUUAUUUAUGGACAUGAUUUUAGCUACUGUGAUGUGAAACCUUCAUCCCCUACUAAAAAUGAAAUUCAACAAGAAUCUCAGUGAUAAUACAGAUGCAUCACACAUCUCAUCCAGGAAGGAGACCUCAGUGCCUGAAUUUCACUUUUGCAGCAACACAAAAUGUAAUAUAAGAUUUACCCUCUUCAAAAUUACUGUGUACUUUAGUGUUGAAGUGACAACAUCAGAAUUGUCCAGCUGUGCAAGUCUAACCUAACCUAUAACUUCGUUUUUUGAAGAAAAGGCUUUUCCUUAAGACAAAAAUAUGUUACAGCUUUAAAUUAAUGUAAGAAGACAAACAUCCAGUUAACAAUAUAGUGAACUGGUAAGUGGUGUUCUAGCACAGACACACACCUUGCCAGAAAACAAGUUACCAGCAAGAGAGAAUGCCUCCAAUAUGAUAAAUAAUGUAUUUUUUACUAUAUUCUAUUAUGUAUUUUUUAAUUAAAAGGUUGUAUUCCAAAUCACCAAAUAAAAUAUAGA